AUGGCUUCUGAUAGAGGGUUAGGGCGAGGAGGAGGAGCGGAGUUGACCAAUAUUGCCAGGAUAUUUGCUUGGUCUGAUAAUCCUUCCUUGCCUCUUACAACAUCUGUGACUUCUCAUGCGUCCAGUUGGCUCAGUACUAACCAGCCCAGCAGGCCGCCCGAUGAAUCUCUCUGGCAAGCCUCCCAAGGUCUCCCAGGACCGCCGAGUCUCCAGACCACACGGCCUCCGCUAGGAGGAGAUAGCUUGCCUUACCCAGGUAAUAGCUUGCCGUAUCCAGCUUCACAGGGAUUGGCCGGGCCGCCCGGGUUACAACCCAGCAGAUCGAGUUUUGGAGGAGACAUUUUAGGCAUUUCUGGGUUGCCCAAUCUUCCUAAUUUGACAAGUCCACCAGGCCCUCCUGGUCCCCCAGGCCCCCCGGGACCCCCAGGCCACCCUCCAGGGCCCCCGGGGCACAUGCCAGGACCCCCGGGACAGCCAGGGGGACUACCACCAGGCCCGCCGGGACCCCCAGGUCCACCGGGACAGCCAGGACCUCCACCCUCUGCCCCAGGACAGCCACCGCCACCGAUCGAGUUCACGUGUCCCGCUCGCCCCAAUCACGGUGUGGAGGGGCGUCCCAUCUUGCUCCGAGCCAACCAUUUCCAAGUGCGAAUUCCCAAAGGAUACAUCCACCACUAUGAUGUGGCCAUCACGCCGGAUAAGUGCCCAAGGAGAGUAAACAGAGAGAUUAUCGAGACAAUGGUGCAAGCGUAUCAACAGAAGAUCUUUGCUGGCCAGAAGCCUGUGUUUGAUGGGAGGAAAAACUUGUACAGCAGAGAUCCACUCCCCAUUGGCAGGGACAAGGUGGAGCUGGAGGUUACUCUGCCAGGAGAGGGCAAAGAUCGCGUGUUCAAGGUUUCCGUGCGCUGGGUCGCUCAGAUCAGUUUAUUUGCCUUAGAGGAGUCAUUGGAAGGGCGCACUCAUCAGAUUCCCUUCGAAGCAAUUCAGGCUCUUGAUGUGGUCAUGCGCCAUUUGCCGAGCAUGACGUAAGUUUUGUUUUCCAAUAGAUUUUUUUAGAAUGCUUGAAAUGAAAAAAAAAAAAAA